AUGCUUAUUUUAUAUACUUUAUUUUUUGGAUUUGUUUAUUCUUUCAAUAUUAUUGAAUUGGGUAACACAAAAUAUGUCGAAAUUGAAGUUAGUUAGAACUCUUUGCGAUUUCGCUCAAAAUUCAAAUUCUUAAGGCUGUUCAUUCAAUCGAUACACCUUUGGGAAUUCAAAUAGUUCAUGCUGUUGUUUCAAUUUCAAAAACAAAUUUGGAUAUUGCAUUGAAAUCUGAUAGUGUUUGGUAUGUUCCAGAUCAACAAACAUUUUCAAAAUUGGUAAGCUUUUCAAAAUUAUCUAAUUGUGAGAAAGUGAAAGUUCUAUGAGUGAUAAUUGAAUAUAAAACAUUUUCAGGCUUAUCUCACAUCCUAUGGUUGGUUUUUGUUGGAAGAAUCAGAUUAUAUGAAAAUAAAAAGAAGAGCUUAUCCAAAAAAAGCACCGAAAAAUGCGCAAUUAGAUGUAACAAGUUUGUUAAGAAUUGCACCAAGUUCGUUAGAAAAUGUUCAAUUUAUCAAAGAAGGUAACUCUUUAACAUUGAUCAUCACUCAUAAUUAUAAUAAUUCAGGAACAAUUGGAGCAUACGUUUAUAGUUCAGCUGAUCAACCAACUUCAUCAUUCAAAGUUUGAAAAAUUAUCUAUCUAUCAGUAACACUCGAAAUAUAAUAUUUCAGAAAACAUCCGAAGAUGCUCAAUUAAUUCGAAAUGGAAAUCUUGGAGCAUAUAUUUUCACUGAAGAUACAACUUCAACAUCAGCUUCAGAAUCACUUUUUUGGAUUGUUCCAGCAAUUGGAAACUCGAAAGUUUUCACAACAAGAUUACAAGAUUCAUCACUUUUACUUUAUUAUGGAAUGCCUAAAUUGGUUAAACUAAAUAUCUAA